UGUUGUUAUUGUUUGACGUACAUACUUGUAGUAAACUGAGAAAAGACAGACUGUAGUACUUUAUCAACCAAUAUACGAUAACUGUAUUUCGUUCUAAAGUUGAGAAGACAGACAUGUUUUCUUUUAUUUGUUUGUUAUUUGCAUUUACAACAUCCUGUCUCGCUAAAUCUACCCCGCCUACAUUAAAGCACGUAUGUGUUCGUGAUGGGAAGACUUACCAAAUAGGAGAGAGAUUUCGGCCGACUCCUUGUGAACAUUGUUUUUGCAGUGCUGAUGGUCAUCAUAUGUGUGCUAUUGUCGAUUGCUUCUUCACACCAUGUGUUGACGCCGUACAUGAUCCUAAAAAAUGCUGCCCUCAGUGUCCUAACGGCGAGAACUGUAAACACUCGGACGGAACCAUUAUAAAGAAGGGAGAAGUAUAUAAUCCAAAUCCAUAUACAAGCUGCAUGUGUCCACCUUCGUUUGAUUUUGGAUCAACACUUGCAUAUGUGCAGUGAAACCAACUGCUGCUCCAACUACUGUUGGGCGUGAACCAACUCCAGCUGCCCCCUCUCACGGCUAAUGAUUUAGAAAAUAGAUUUACUGUUGUUUUAGCUUUGCUUUUCAUCUUUUCCAUGGAAUCAUGGUGUUUAUAAUGAAAGUUGCAUUAAAUAAUUUUGAUUCACAAUAAA